AUGUCUAACACUGACCAUUUCCCCGACGCUGCCGACUUCCAGCGCCAGAGCGAUGAUUUCACACAGUGGCUUUCACAGCAACCAGGCGUGACAAUAAGUCCCAGUAUCCAAAUUCGUGAUCUCCGGCAUCAGGGUUCUGGGAGAGGUGUUGUCGCCAGCUGCGAUAUCCCAGAGGGAGAAGACUUAUUCUCUCUCCCACGCCAUUUUAUACUGAUGGUGGAAAAUUCUCAGUUGAAUGAUAUUCUCCCUGAAGAGUUAAAAGAUCUAGGGCCCUGGUUGUCUCUUGUCGUCGUGAUGAUCUACGAGUACUCGCUCGGUGACCGAUCUAGCUGGAAACAAUAUUUCCAAGUCCUUCCGUCGAAAUUCGAUACGUUAAUGUUCUGGUCUGAUGAGGAGCUCUCCGAACUGCAAGCCAGUGCUGUCACCGAGAAAAUUGGAAGACAAGGUGCAGAACAAGACAUCCUCAAGAUUAUCCUACCCCUCGUCCAGGCCCACCCCGAUCUCUUCCCUCCGAUCUACGGUGUACCGUCCUAUGAUACCGAUGGAGGCGCGCAAGUUCUGCUAGAAUUGGCGCAUCGCAUGAGCUCUCUGAUCAUGGCAUAUGCUUUUGAUAUUGAAAACAGCGAAGACGCAGAGAGUGACGGGGAAGAUGGAUUUCUCACAGACGAUGAGGAACAGCUGCCAAAGGGCAUGGUCCCAUUAGCCGACCUGCUUAAUGCGGAUGCUGAUAGGAACAAUGCUCGUCUCUUCCAAGAAGAGGGCGCACUUGUCAUGAGGUCUAUCAAACCCAUCAAAGCAGGAGACGAGCUUUUCAAUGACUAUGGCGAACUGCCGCGCUCAGAUCUUCUCCGAAGGUAUGGCUAUGUUACAGAUAACUAUGCCCAAUAUGAUGUCGUUGAGCUGCCUUUGACUGGCAUUUGCCAUGCUGCUGGCUUCGAUAAUAUAGAAAAGCAAGCAUACCCCCAGCUUCAACUUCUUGAUGAACUUGAAAUCCUCGAGGAUGGCUACUGUAUUCUACGGCCAUCGCCAGAAGAUUCCGUGGUCGACAUACUACCAGACGAACUUCUCGCUCUUGUGAAAAUUCUGUCUCUCGGACCCGAAGACUUGCAAAAAUGUCAAUCCAAGAAGAGGCCACCCAAGCCUUCUCUGACAGCCCAUGAAGCUCGCAUAUUGCUCGACGCAAUGACCUUCAAAUUAUCUCAAUAUGGGACAACAGUCGAACAGGAUAAAGCAACACUACAGGGAUUCUCCUCGUCGGUGGCUACCUUGUCAACUAGCCAACGCCGUCACAAGAUGGCUAUUGAAGUUCGUGUCGGGGAGAAACAAAUAUUACAGCAAGUCUCUUUAAUGCUCCAAGAUUUUCUUACUUCUGAAGAAAAGGAUAAUGGAAAGCGUUCUGCAGAGGACGGAUCUCAGCAGCAUCAAAAGAAAGCAAAGCUUGGGCGUCAUUGA